AUGAACGGGAAUGACAAAAGUAUAACUAGCGAAAUUUUGCUAAAUGGAAAAAAAAAUGUAGACUCAACGACAGAAUCCGCAAAAGUUGAAUAUGAUGCAAAUAACCAAUCGGAUUUCAGCUCAGAAUUCGAAUUUAAUUUCAAGAAGCACAUUACGGACAGUUUCGAAGUUAAAAACAAAGGAUUGUUUAAGCUUUCCCUAGGAAACAAAGUAAAUUCUAAAUCCAAUUUUGCUAAUCAUAGUGAAGGCGUAGCAGACAGUGGAAGCAGCGAAAAGCACCCAGGAAAUAAUCGCAAAAAUAGUGAAUUCACUAAACCUAAACAGUUAGCUCAAACUAAAAGGGAAAGUCUCCUUGAAAACAAAGAUGAAGUAAUAACUAAGCUGAAAAAACACAUAAUUGUGCUAACCCAGCAAUUUGAAAAAAAAUUAAGUAACAUAGAAAAUGCUCAGAAAGACAACUUUCAACUGGAACAAAUCUAUAAAAAUAAGUAUUACUUAGAUAUGAAAAAGGAAAAAAAACGCUUUGGGACUGCCGAAAAUAUAAAUUUCUUUUUUAAGAAUGUGAAAGAUAUUUCAUCCCUCAUGGAAUCCCUAGAACAGAAAUGUUUCCAAAAGAAUACGCAUAAAGUGAAAGAAAAAAGUGAAAAGCUAAAAGUUGAUAACUUGGAAGAUAUAAAAAAUGAAAAUAAAAAAAUAAAAAAAAAGCCCCCCAUGAAAAAUACGCUUAGAAUAGCAACCCCGUCUUAUAAAAAUCACAAAAUUGAUGCAAGUUACACAACUGAAAAACAAGAAAAAACACAAAAGGUAUGUAAUAAUAAAGAAACAUAUUUGCUGAAUGAUUCAUUUUUAAAGCAUUAUGAAAGGACAAACAAUCGAAAUGAUAAUGUAAAUAGCCCUAGAAGAAACAAAAAUACAUUUGGACAUAAGAACAAAUUAAGAAAAAGUAAUUAUGUAAAAUUAGGGAGCACACGAACUGAGAAUAAUAUAGAUUCUAAAAAAAGACGCAAAGUUACAAACUUCACCAUACGAAUGAAAAACGUUUCUCCUGAAAAUUCAGAUGACAUUCUACAUUUGUUGAGAAAAACAAGAAAAAUUAACUAUUUAUUAAGAAAUUAUUUAAAGACAGAAUAUGAUAAAACGAUGAAUUAUCCAAAAGAAAAUAUAAACAGUGAUAGGAAUGACGAUGAGCCAUUUAAAUCGGGCAAAACUAAAGAAUGCAUAUUACGCAGUGACAAUAAUAGAGGUUCUGCACUGCACAGUUCUACGUGCAAAAGGGAACACAUUACUUAA